GACUCAUUGAGCUGACUUCCAAUGUUUACUCAAAGGAGUCGACUCAGAGCCGAUUCUCAUCCAUCACCUAAAGCAGCUGACUCGGUCUCCAGCGCAUCGGUGUGUGCUGUAUCUGAAUGGAUCCUCAAGCGGACAUCAGCACCCAGAGCGAUUGACCCCGCCCCCAAGAUUGACGGACAGCAGGCCUCCAUGGUAACCGUGCAGGAGAACGUCACUCACCACUUCAGCUGCCAAUCAGAAGGCUGGACCCGUGAAGCCCCACCCCUUCUCACCUGGUACCUGAACGGGGAGCGUCAGAGCGAGGUGACAGGCAGGCGGGGGGCGGGGCCGGGGGCUGGGCGUGAUACGUCACCGCGGGAGCUGCGGUUCGGUUCUGAGCGGAACAGUUCGUUCACACUGAGGCCGCGGCGCGGGGACCGGGAGCUGGUGUGUGCGGCGCAGAACACUGCAGACGGAGAAACCUUCAACGCCACCGUCACGCUCAACGUACAGUUCCAGCCGGAGAUCCUGCGUGUAGACGCUCAUUACAGCGAGACCUCGGACCCCGGACUCGCCCUCAUCCUGUUUGCUUUGGUUCGCUCCAACCCCCCCGCCACCAUCUCCUGGGUGGACCAGUCCGGUCAGCUGGUGGCAAACAGCUCUGACUUCCUGAUCCUGGACUCGAGGAGCUUCCCCUGGCUGGCCAAUCACAGCCUGCAGGUCACGCUCAGCAGCCUAUCAGGAAACCUCUCGCUCAACGCUAGCAACAGCCUCGGCUCCGCCCACUCCAACCUCACGCUCACAGGUUGGUGUCGUUGUAAAGAGGACAGAUGUUGGUCUGGAGCUGAAGCGAAAAUAAACUGUGUCUUUACACAUAUGAGAAUAAUAAAUAUACAUCUAUUAUAAUAUCUGUCAUUACAAGUGUAUUUUACUAAACAAGUUCAGGCUAAAAUCAACAGAAAAGCAAAGCUAAAUAUCUGAACUAAUGAUGAUCCAAAUUUGAAGUUGGUGUCUCAAAAUGUCUGGGUGCAGUACCAGAGAUGACCACCAGAGACCAGCAGUGUACACUGACGACCAUUCAUCUGAUCAAGCAUGACUGU